AUGUCUUCCCAUAAGACUUUCAGGAUCAAGCGGUUCCUGGCCAAGAAACAAAAGCAGAAUCGGCCUAUUCCUCAAUGGAUUCAGAUGAAAACUGGUAACAAGAUCAGGUACAACCGGAGGCACCAGAGAAAGACCAAGCUGGGUCUGUAA